AUGCAUUCAUAUCUUUUCCAAUUUGCUCAAGUCCAUCAUGAAUUUAGACUACCAGAGCUCAGCUCCGUUGCUGAGCUCCAUGGCUUUUCGCUUUCACUCCCACCUCAACCAGAACAUCGCAAUCCUACGAGGCCAUUCAUGGUCAUUGGCCUAGAAGACGAAGAACAUGCAAGAAUUUUAGCUCGAAGAUGUAUCUUGAUCAAAUCCGUCUUUGUAUUCUACGGACAAGGGUUCAAUUACGACGAACUUCAUGCUGCGAAUCGAACACUCCAAGGCGAAUGGUCGCGCUUCACCCAUGACACCUCUUUUCGCUUUCUUGUAACAGCCUACAACCAUAAGAUCCCCCAGACAAGACAAAGGGAGGUUAUUGAAAGUUUCUCUUACAUGGGAUUUCUGGGAAAGAUCGACCUGAAGAACCCAGAUAUAAUUUUAACUUGCUUUGAAGAAUACGAUGACUGUCGUGGGACUACUCGAGAAAAGCACGAAGGAGAUGGCCACUUUCGAGAGGUGUUUUUUGGCAGGCUGCUGGAAGAAGGCUCUGCACGUCUUUUGAUCGCUAAAUUUGACGUCAAGAAGAGGAACUACUAUGGAAAUACGAGUAUGGAAUCCGAAAUAUCACUAUUAAUGGCCAAUCAAACACUGGCCGCGCCCGGAAAACUAUUGUACGACCCCUUUAUGGGAACGGGUAGUAUGGCGUACCCCACGGCACAUUUUGGGGCCAUGGUGUUCGGCUCGGAUAUUGAUGGCCGUCAAAUGAGAGGAAAGGUUCCAGGCGUAAUACGCGCAGCUACGCAGUACGGAGUUGCCUCACGAAUCCUUGGCCUUUCGACUUUCGACGUCACUCGAAAUCCAUGGAGGUGUGGGGAGCUAUUCGAUGCGAUUGUCACUGAUCCUCCUUAUGGAGUUCGAGCUGGCGCAAAACGCCUAGGGCGGAAAAAAGAACUUACCCCUACCCAACGAGACCUAGACGAUCAGCCUUACAUCCCUCCUACCAGACCUUACGAACUUUCCCAUCUGGCAGCUGACCUGGUCAUCCUCGCCCGAUACCUCUUGAAACCUGGGGGCCGACUGGUUUUCUUCCUCCCAACAGUCACAGAGGAAUACGAGGAAGUUGAUGUUUCUACGAUGGUUUGCGAGGGAAUGGAUGUCAUCGCCAACUCUUUGCAAGACUUCGGUUCAUGGGGCCGCAGGGUGAGCAGAUUUUCCUUUCUGCACCCUUUGGCGAAUUAA